AUGGAACACCACGACGACCGUCAGGAGCAACACACGCGAGCUCACCGUGACGGACGGGGGAGGCGCGGGAUGAAGAAUCCUCAUGGCGUCCAGCCAGUAUGCCGCCUCUGUAUCCGUAAGCCACGCCCUGACAUUGCGCUGCGGUUGCGCAGCGCGGUAUUGGUUCCACGCUUCCCUUUCUUGGCCAAUCCCGGCCAAGGUUCAGCGGCAGACCAGGAAAACACAACGACGUCCCGUGGCCCCUGUGUCACUGCGCUCGAUGCAGGUCACGGGUCAUCGGACAAGACAGAUUUGACAGCUCUCGGGGCCAAGGCGUAG